ACACAGAGCCAGACGUUGAGAAGUUGCUCCAAUCCACUUAUCCUUGAUUUCAACUGGGGCCCUUUGCAGGUUGUCCUCCCAGAAAUGCAUGCCCAGGAUGUCUUCCAACUUUAAUACCUCGAUCACAAACAUGUCCUUGACGAUGGGUUGGAAGACACAUCCAUGUGAUCCUUUAAAUGCUUAUGUUUCGAACAAAUGACCCCCACCCGAGUGCCUCUACACCACUCACUCCUCAUUUCAGAGACUUUCACACACUAACCAAUCAUGAAUCAUCUAUGUAUAUAUAUACAUACACAUAUCAUUCCAUAGCCAAACCAAGUCCUCACGUCCUCUGCUCUCAAAUCCUUUUACUUUCUUUCUCCCUUUUCAUUUGUAAUCUUCGCAAUCUUUCUGGGCAGAUAGCAAUGGCUAUUCGUUUGCCUGGUGUUAUUAAUGCUAAGAACAUUCUCCGCCGAUCAAACUCAUUUGGAAAGAAAGCAGCUUCAUCAUUUAUCCAAGUUCCAAAAGGCCAUCUUGCAGUAUACGUUGGAGACAGCGAAAAGAAGCGAUUCGUAGUUCCAAUAUCACUUCUGAACCACCCUUCAUUUCAAGAAUUGCUAGGCAUGGCUGAGGAAGAAUUUGGAUUCGAUCAUCCAAUGGGUGGCCUCACAAUUCCCUGCAGUGAAGACUUAUUCAUUGAUCUCACUUCUCGCUUACAUCAAUUGUUGUAAUUCAUAAACAAGCAGUGCCAAUUUUGUAAAUUUUAUAUUUGUUUUUAACAGAAAAAGAGAUCCACUAUGAAUUUUACCAAUUGAAUUA